AUGGGCCGAACACUUCAUAAUAUAUCCUUUAACAUCACUGGCUCCUACCUUUAUAGUAACAUUGGUACCAUUGCCCUGAGUUCGUUAGAAACCCCAAAUACUACAUCCACGGUCGCAACACCUCAGUCACCUCGAUAUAAGUAUACGGCACUCAGUUCGGAUAACAUAUGGAUAACAUUUAACUCGAAGAACUUACUGUGGCUUCCGCAAGAGUAUCGUCCUUCUUCCUCCGCUGUGUUAGGUAAUACGCUUGGUAUUGGUGUAGGAUCUGGAAAGGUAUGGCUAUGUACUGUCGAUUUUCACAAACCCUAA